AAAAAAAAUUAGUUUCGUGCAAUUAACAAUUCAGUACAAGUACUGAAGUCGUACGUUUUGCAUUUACACAAGACGUUACUUGAGUUUAAUUUCUCAUCAUGGCUCAAAGUCACGUCAUUUCUGCGAUCUUCCUGACGCUCGUUUCUGCAAAUAUGAUACAAGGAGGAGUAAUACCAGCACAAUUGUUCCACGAAGAAACAUUUCCCAAUCUUGUGAACCUUGUAGGUAUACCCAGGGUUGGUGAGUUCUCUCAUAAUUUUGCGACAUCAGCGGCUAGUGCAGCAUCAAGUGCUUUCAACGGCUUCAAAACGUACGUUGAUAACUUCCGUACCGGUUUGGGCCAACAUAUAGAAAUUCCACCUAGUUAUCCUGUAUUGCACCGUUUCGUGCACGGAGAAAUAUGGCCGAAUGUUGCCGGGAGACCAGCAGUGGGAGUUGUUCCUAGCCGUUUAGUAGCGCCAGGCUUUUUAGGAGGCCGCGUUGGUAAUAGUGGUGCCGCUUCCGCUGGAGCUGCAAGUUCUGCUGCAUCCGGGGGAUUAGCACAGCGUUAAGCUUACAAUCCACUUUAAAAUAUCGGUGAAACAUUAUAUUAUACGCCAAUUAAUAUGCAUAAUAUACAAUGCAAUAGAUUUAUACAAUGUCCUUAAUAUGCUUACUGAUAGUAAGUUGAAUUAAGUACAUCGAGAUAAUAAAAUGAAUUAAUUUCAAGUAA